AAAACGUACCCGAUUCAUUAACAAUUUGAUCGGAUUUGCUUUUCUUUUUAUUUUUCAUUUUAUUUUAUAAUUAUCAAUUUCGAAUUAAAAUUAACAAAUCGAAUGUAAUACGAAUAAUUGUGAUGAUCAUGUUGAGUCUAUUAAGCCCUUUCAAUCCCAUUCACCCAAUAAAGUCAAAAUAGCCGAAAUUGGCGGUUGAGAGUUUGAUUAUUCUAUUGUGUCAAAUUAUUUGGAAUUGUUUUCAAACAAAAUAAUUCUGUUUUUUAUCUAAAUGUCGACCGAUGCUGAAAUCGAUAAACUCAAAAAUGAGAUUGAAAAUUAUCUCAAAAUCAAUAAUCACGAAGAUUUCUGUGCGAAAAUUGAAAAUGAUACAAAAACAUUUCAGAGCUAUCCCCAUCAUGUGAAAGAAUAUAGCAAAUGUAUCAGCAAAGAAUAUAAAUAUACCGAAAGAAUGGAGAAAUUGAAACAAAAAAUUGAUGUUUUAAAUUCUCAAAAUGAAAAAGCUUUACAAAAUAUAGAGAAAUCAAAAAAUAAGAUUUUAAAUCUUAAAGAACAUAUUGUCAAAUUGGAAUCCAAAUUGGAGAAUAAAAAGAAAUCAAUUGAGAACAUGGAUGAUACAUUUGAUUUUCUUGGUCUACGUAUUUACAACAAAAGUGAUACACUUCAUACUGUUCAACUAUCCAAGUUGCCAAUUAAAGACUUUGAUCGUACAUUUUCAUUUGACAUUUCACAUGUUGGCAACAACAUUGAAUUGAAAAACGUAAAUCCUGAAAAUUGUAUCGACAUUGAUCGAAUCAUGUCACAAAUCGAUGCAUCGGCUGAUGAUAAAAAUUAUUUAAAACUAAUUGUCUUGAUACGCUCUGAAUUGAUUAGAAAAUAUUCAUAACCAAAAAAGUUAAUUCAAUUUUUUUUGACAAUAGAAAAUUUUUAAUUUGAUUUGCUAUAAAAAUGACAC